AUGGACUCCAAUAGCUCGAACUCUCGCGUCUCGGUGGCCUGUGAGACCUGCCGCAGACGGAAGCGCAAGUGUGAUGGGAUGCGCCCCGCUUGCUCCCUGUGUAUAGCCAAGCGCGCAGCUUGCCAGUACAAUGCCGAGAAGCGCAAUAGGCGCAGGUUUGAUGCAGACUACGUGAGGGGCCUAGAAGAUCAGAUCGCAAUGCUCAAUGAUGCGCUGCACCGAUCCCAACCCGUCGAGGCCGUCUCGUUCACUGAGGCUGUUCCACUCGAACGAAACGAGGCCUGUGCGAAUGUCGACGACGAUGCUGCAAGUCAUGCUGCUGUUACUUCUGCGAUGCCGGACAGCAUGGCCACUGCGAUUGAAGACGUCAGCGCCCUAAUCUGGCGUAUGAGUAUCGAAAGCAAUGGAGAGGAAGCUUUUAUUGGGCCGUCAGGUAAUUUCUGUUUCCCUGUCGCCCACCGGGAGGAUAUGGGCACGGGUGGACAGAAGGAUACGCCUCCUACGAGCCUUACUAGCUCAGGUCCUAAAGAAGAAUCCUUCGGCUCUGGCCGGACGGACAUACAAGAUACUAAAAGUUACCUACUCGAUUUGUUCACCCAAUACGUCAACCCCAUUCAGCAAUUCGUCGACACUGAAACCCUGGAGGAGCUGCACGGCAGUCACCUAAAUGCAGACCUCACACUAAUCAAGACCGCUGCCUUAGCAGCUGGCGCACUUCAUGCGGAUGACGCCAAGAGCAGGGCGGUUGGCGAGGAGGCUGCAGCCGUGGUUGAUGCCAUGGUCAUGCAGUACUGUCGAGAAUCGCCGAGUGUGUCUACCGUACAGGCUUUAUCUAUCAUGUGCUGGCGGGAGCUAGGAAUGGAGGAACAUAACAUGGCAUGGAUGUACAACUCAAUGUGUGCGAGCAUGGCGCUACACUUAGGCCUACCAGUGAGCAUGACGCAAGAGAUUGUGGUAUCCAAUUCCGAGCCCGUCAGUGUACUCCAAGAGCCGGAUACUCAUCACAUCCGGCUGAGAGCGCUCUGGUCAAUCGCGACAUCUCUUUUGGGACGCAAUUGCAUGCUCCCAUGGAGGCGGAUCAAGACCCAGUCCUUCAUUAGCACCGUUGGUUCCGCUCCUUCUCUAGACGAGCUAGCCUUUGACCAUCAAUGUCGCCUGUGGUUUAUUCAUGAUCAAUAUAUGGAUAGAAUCUACUCGUUCGAAUUCACAAGCCUGAGCAGCGCCGAGAAGUCGCGUAUCCUACUUGAUGCGCGGGAGAAGCUGUACGCUUUUCAACGGCAGAUAGACGCUCGAAUGCGGCUGGGCCGGAGCCAGGUAGUCCUGCCCUCCAUGAUCUACCUCCACAUCUCGUACCACAUGUCGCACAUCCUCAUCCACCGACCGUAUCUUAAAGAAGCCACCCAGCGAAGCAGCAUGUACCAGCUAUGCGUUCGCGCCAUGUCCACAGCCGCGGCGUCGAUCGUGCGACUCCUCCGCGAGUACCGGAAGGUCGCGCCGCUCGACCACAUGCCCCCAUUCGUGGUUCACAGUGUGCUCACAGCCGCCGUAACGCACCUCUGCAAUGCGACCUCGACGCAUCAAGGCCUCCGAAGCGCGUCGAUUGCGCAGUUUCGGGUAUGUUUCCAGGCCCUGUGGGCCAUGCAGCGGCGGUGGAUCAAAGCGAGGCGCGCGAUUCGUCUCUUGCGGGAGUUAGCGCGCCGAUGGCAGGUCAUGGCGGCCUUGCCCUUGAAGCACGGCUUUCCUGCCGUGUCUGACUCGAGAGGGGAGGGUUCAGAAGAGGAGCAGCUUGAGUCAGAAUGGCUGCCCAUGGAGGAGAUUCAUGAGGAGGGGGACACUGCUCUAUUUGAAAGUGAAGAAACAAGGACCGGCAGCAUUUUUCCGGACAUCCUCCAUGAGGCCGGCCUCGACUUUUUGGACAUGACAGACUACUAG